AUGUCGUACGCGAUCGAAACAAAGAAGCGCAAGUUCGACCGCAUCCUGGAGGCCUUGGCUGAUGCUACUGGCACAUCCCCUUCUCGAACUUCCCUCAAUUCUCGCAAUUGUCAGUCUACAUCAUUGACAGGCGAUGAUGCAUCAGACGGAUCUAAGAGGCGUCGCAUAGCCCCAACAUCGAGAUCUAACCUUACUGCUACCAACUCAACUGCCUCCCUUGUUGGACUUUAUCUACCUGCAAGUCGGACAGCGUUUUUAGAGCGUCUGGAAACCUUCCGGCAUGUCACUCAGUGGCAUGUGCCCUCGACAGACUCCAUCAAUGCCGCGGCCUGGGCUAAAAGAGGGUGGACGUGUGUUGACACCGAUACUGUUUCCUGUGGCUCUUGUAGGGCACGAGUACAUAUUGAUCUAUCACUAGACAGUCAACUCCUAAAGACCCGAGAAAGUGAGCAGCAGGGCGAAGUUGGACCAGAACAACAAGAAGAUGACUUUGAGGUGGCUGCCGAAGUAUACCAUGGCAUCAUCGCGCGAUAUCAGGACCAGAUCAUCGCUGCACACUCUGAGAGUUGUCUCUGGCGAAAGCGCGGUUCGGACGCUUCCAUACAACGCAUAGAGGGCUUGCUGAAUACAAACACUGCUCUAUCCGCAACAAGAAAACGCUAUGAGGGUAUCAUGAUACGUCCCGAACAAAUUCCAAAUGUGGCAGCACUUCCCUCAGCUUGUAUUGCCGGGGAACGAGAGUUGUUGUCAUUUCGUCCGGACUCGGUUGAUGAGGUAAAUACCAAUGCUCUCAAAUUAGCAAUUUGUGGUUGGGAGCGAAAAUCUGACGAUGUCAUCGAAUGCCGAAACUGCUUUCGUUCACUUGGUCUGUGGUUGUACCGUGGUGCGCCGCCUGCUAUUGAGAAGCUGGACGGGGUUGACAACCACCUCGAGUAUUGUCCGUGGAGAUCAGCUGAGGCGCAGGAUACGGAGAUCGCACUUCCCAAACAGAAGCAUGGCGAGGACUCGGCUCCGGCCAAGGCACGUGUUCCUGGAUGGGAGCUCGUUCACAUGGCCAUUGUGCGAGACAACACCAGAAAGCUUGUCCAUGAAUCUACACUGACAUCGACCGCAAGCGAGGCCGAGACCAGUACCGGAAGCAGCGAUUCGAUGAUCACACCAGAGCAACGCGAGAAGAAAAUGAGGGAUUUAUUGAAGAGGAUCAAGGAGAUCAAGAAGCCAUUCAACGUCAAGUCUUUACUAAGACGGAAAGAGAAAGGUAAAGCCUGA